AUGGCCAUUGGAGUACUUGCCAUUGGUGUCUUGGUUCCCUAUAGUCUCGGACUCUUCGGUGAGGCUCAGGCAAAGCCUACUGCCAUUGACCCUGCCAAGCUACCAGCUACGGCCCAGAUAAUCGACCAGAAAAGCUUCAAUGUUCUGGAGCAUGUCCCUCCACCGAAAGAAGCCAAUGCUACUACUAGGUUCCUCUGGCCAGGAGUUACCUAUGAAUCCCUUACUGAACGACCAUUCCAUGUUUAUGAUGCGGAGUUCCUCAAUAUAAUUGGAGGCAAUCCAACAUUGACUCUUCUCGCUACUUCAGAGAAAGAUCCCAUCUUUCAUGAAGCUGUUGUAUGGAACCCUCCGACUGAAGAAGUUUUCUUUGUACAGAACGCAGGUGAUCCAGACGCUGGAACAGGACUUGCAAAGUCAUCUGUCAUCCAAAAGAUUUCUUUGGCCGAAGCUGAAGCUCUGAAGAAUGGAUCGCACACGGAGAGCCAAGUCAAGAUUACGGUCGUUGACUCUGAUCCCCAAGUCAUCAACCCCAACGGUGGAACGAACUAUAAGGGCCAGAUCAUCUUCGCAGGUGAGGGGCAAGGCGAUGAGAUACCUUCAGCUUUAUAUCUGAUGAACCCUGAAGCACCGUACAAUACUACAAGUAAGCACUCCUUUGGAUUCUUCUGCUCAGAAAACCGCUUACUGGGCCACUUAGGGCUUGUGAACAACUUCUUUGGCAGGCAAUUCAACUCCCUUAACGAUGUCUCUGUCAAUCCACGCAACGGUGAUAUUUACUUCACAGAUACCAUGUAUGGCUACUGGCAGUACUUUCGUCCUGUGCCUGGACUGCAAAACCAAGUCUAUCGCUUCGACCCAGAUACUGGAGCGUUGACCGUUGUUGCGGAUGGCUUCGUCGCUCCAAAUGGACUCACUUUCUCGCCUGAUGGACUUCACGCUUAUGUUACAGAUACUGGCAUAAGCAAUGGACUAUUCGGGCAGAACUACACUCGUCCCGCCUCUAUUUACCGAUUCGAUGUACAAAACGAUGGUACAUGGGACAACCGUAAGACAUUUGCCUUCACAGCAGCUCGUCUACCUGAUGGAAUUCACUGUGAUUCUAAAGGCAACGUCUACGCGGGCUGCGGCGAUGGCGUGCAUGUCUGGAAUCAAUCCGGAAAGCUUAUUGGGAAGAUUUACACAGGAAUCAAUGCAGCCAACUUCCAAUUCGCUGGUAAGGGACGUAUGGUUAUCAUGGGGAGGACAAAACUGUUCUAUGCUACUAUUGCUGCUUCUGGAGCACCAUUAAGUUGA